AUGGCGAUGUGCGCGUCUGCAAAUCCCUCUUUCUUGGACGAGGAACCAGAUGUAUGCGCAUUCCAACAGUCCUCUCCGCUUUCACUACGGCAGCAUCCAUCCUCUUCGCCUUCGACUACUCCACCCACUCCACCAGUGACAGAGAGCCCUCAAGCUCACGACUAUAACUUCUCCGGCGCAGUAUACGAUGAGAGCACUUCUAACUCGGAGUCGGAAACCGUUUCGCAGCCAGAUGAUGGGUAUGCAGAGAGCAGCGGGGAUGCCGGCCAGCGCGUCUUCUCAGGAUGCUCCUCGAUUUCUUCUUUCCCGACGUCAAUAUCACAGCCCCUACACUCCGAGCCAGAGCAGUAUGGCCCUCGAACACCCCCAAAACGAGACUCGCACGGAUUCUACUCCUUUGAACGAUCUGGGGGCUCCCGCCCCGCGACGACGUCCCCUCGAAACCUCCGCGGUUACCGCACGGCAUUUCGCCAUCCGAGCAGUGUCAAAGCUUUGCAGAUGAAAGAUGAAGCAAUGAGUGAGACAAACAGUGUGAUAAGGCACCACAGACGGACUGGUUCACAAAUGUCGUCGUACAGUCAGAGGAGUUUGUUCUCAGUUCGGACGUCUCCGACCAAGAGAUCUAGCCAGUCUCACCACACAUCACCCCUGAAAGGCAGCACCAAUCUCAAAAAAGAAUUCCCUCUUAUCCUCUUGCACUGUACAUUGCUAGCACCCAAUCAACCUUUCCAACCCUCGGCUGAAGAAAGUGCAACCCUCAGCGAACUGCUGCCAGAGGAGUACAAGCAACGUUGGCUAGCUCUCCGAGACAGACUGAAAGAUGUCGAGAUCAGCAGCAGAGGGAUUCUAAUUCCCCAUCCCAAGGAUGAUUAUGAGCUGCUAGAAGAACGACUUUUGGAGAGUCUGGAACUCGAAAAACCUCGCAUCAGGCAGAAUCACUUCUUCAACACCGGCGGGACUAGUAUAGACAGUGGGUUUGAGAGUGGCAGCCUUACCGAAGAUGAGGCUGAUCUUGACGGCCAAGGUUCUCUCAAGUGUCCGGACUGUGGCGGGCAUCUGUCUGUGGAAGAGCCGCGUCGUCUGUGGGAUGUCAAAGUUUUCGCUGCCAAUGGUUUGAUGCGGGCUGGAGCAUGGGCCGCAGCAUGGCAAGAGAUGGAGAAGGUCGACGUGGAAAUCAACGUUCGCCUACCAGAAGAGAUUUGCCGAGAACUUGAGACAAAGCUCGCAUUCAUCGAAGACGGACAGACGGACCCAAGCCCACUGGACCCAAGUGACACAGUUGCCGAUCAUGAAUUGCCCAUGUCCCGAGAACAAGAGGUAUACGGCGACGUUGGAAGACUUGAAAGCAAGGUCGAUAUGACCAACUUCCAGAGGCAGUCAAUGCUGGAACCGCCUAGCCCAUAUUCUUUCGAGCAAGACGCACAGCCCCCACCAGCUGGUCACGGUGGAGGAUUCAGCAAAGAGAGCCGAAACCUCCUCGUGGGCGUACUGAGCAUCUUGGUAUUGUUUUUUGCAUUGGCAGGCAAGCAAGGAGCGCUCAAAGAGAACCCUGUACCGACAUUACAGUUGACGACGCAAAUAACGGAAGUCCUCACCACUACAGUCACGACGACGAGUGUCGCGCUCUCGACGGCAACUGUGACAACCUCUGUCAGUACACAAAUUCCACAUGAGUGUUCUCUAUCAGAAGGCGCGGAUGAUUUGAUGGCUACGCCAACGGAAGAUUUACUAGAAUUACCCGCAGCCACAGAAGCAUCCAGCCCACCGCUCGAAACAAUGCAAGAGGCCACAACCAAGGUAGACGCACAACAGAGCACUCUAUUAGAAAAUAAGGAGGAUGGGUCUGACUUGGCAUCUGAACAGGAGGGUACAGAUACGAGCGCCUUGCGCGGUCUAGACUCCACCAAGACGGAUGGCCAGAUAGCGCAGACAGAUGACGCAGGGCACCUCUGA